UGGCCAAUAAGACACGGGAUCGUAGAAGACUGGGAUCUCAUGGAGAGGUUCACGGAACACGUGAUCUUUAAAUAUCUUCGCGCCGAACCUGAGGACCACUAUUUCCUAAUGACAGAACCUCCGCUGAACACACCGGAAAACAGAGAAUAUCUUGCAGAAAUUAUGUUUGAAUCUUUCAAUGUACCAGGACUCUACAUUGCAGUUCAGGCGGUGUUGGCCUUGGCGGCGUCAUGGACGUCUCGGCAGGUCGGGGAGCGCACCCUGACGGGGACCAUCAUCGACAGCGGGGACGGGGUCACCCACGCCAUCCCAGUGGCAGAAGGUUAUGUCAUUGGAAGCUGCAUCAAACACACCCCCAUUGCAGGUAGAGAUACUACGUGUUUCAUUCAGCAGCUGCUAAGGAGAGGGAGGGGGAAUCCCGCCCGACAGUCCCUGGAGACCGCAAAAGCCAUUAAGGAGAAAUACUGCUACCUUUGCCCUGACAUCGUCAAGGAGUUUGCCAAGUACGACGUGGACCCCCGGAGGUGGGUCAAGCAGUAUGUGGGCAUCAACGCCAUCAACCAGAAGCGGUUCCUGGUGGACGUGGGCUACGAGCGGUUCCUGGGGCCCGAGAUCUUCUUUCACCCCGAGUUUGCCAACCCAGACUUCAUGGAGUCCAUUUCGGACGUUGUCGAUGAAGUGAUACAGAACUGUCCCGUCGACGUGCGGCGCCCGCUGUACAAGAAUGUCGUUCUGUCCGGGGGCUCGACGAUGUUCAGGGAUUUCGGAUGGCGGCUGCAGAGAGACCUGAAAAGGGUGGUGGACGCCAGACUCCGGCUCAGCGAGGAGCUCGGUGGCGGCAGAAUCAAGCCCCGCCCGGUGGAGGUGCAGGUGAUGGCGCACCACACGCAGCGCUACGCCGUGUGGUUUGGGGGCUCCAUGCUCGCCUCCACCCCCGAGUUCUUCCAGGUCUGCCAUACCAAGAAGGACUAUGAGGAGGUCGGCCCCAGCGUCUGCCGCCACAACCCCGUCUUCGGAGUCAUGUCUUAG